GCCUCGACCGCAUCUCCGUUGCAUGAUGCUCAUAAAGAUGUCGUUCACAAGAAUGCUGGAACUCGAAAAAAAUGAAUGCACUCACGGCCUAUCAAUGAAUAGGCACCAGCCUGAUUUAGGAAGGUCGAGCUCAAACGAAGAUAAACACACUCACACGCUGCGAACAGUGAGCAACGACUUAGAUCAGCAUGGCUCGAGCUCGAAGGAGGAUGAACACACUCACACGCUGCGAACAGUGGGCAACGACUUGGAUCAGCAUGGCUCGAGCUCGAAGGAGGAUCGACACACUCACAUCCUGCAAACAGCGGGCAACGACUUGGAUCAGCAUGGCUCGAACUCGAAGGAGGAUCGACACACUCACAGACUGCGAACAGUGGGCAACGACUUGGAUCAGCAUGGCUCGAGCUCGAAGGAGGAUCGACACACUCACAAGCUGCGAACAGUGGGCAACGACUUGGAUCAGCAUGGCUCGAGCUCGAAGGAGGAUCGACACACUCACAUCCUGCAAACAGCGGGCAACGACUUGGAUCAGCAUGGCUCGAGCUCGAAGGAGGAUCGACCACUCACAGACUGCGAACAGUGGGCAACGACUUGGAUCAGCAUGGCUCGAGCUCGAACGAGGAUUAACAGACGUACUGCCUGCAAUGCAACCUUCAAACGCCCAAAAAAAUCUUACCCUAACAUGUGGAAACCAGGCGCCCAAUCGCUCUAUCAUCCGGUCCUGGUACUGAGACGUUAUCUCAGCAGAGUCUAGACAUUC